AUGAAACAGCCAAGGUCUUAAGUUUUGAAAAUGAAAUAACCUUUAUUUCGGAAGACUUGUGUACACGCUUCCAUAUCGGCUUAGUACACACGUCUUCCGAAAUAAAGGUGAGUGAUGACUACUGAUAAACUUCAAUCAACCUUUAGAUAAUUUUAUGCACCUCGUUAAAAGUUGACAGCGUAUGCAAUGAGUGUCAAAGAAAUUAUGCAGCAUGUAUAGAUGAAACUCGUUUUAAAAUGUGUACUGGAGGAAAACCGGAGGACAAAAUCAGCUCCUGCCCUGAUGGUUACGUCUGUACAACAAGUGCAUCAAUAUGUUUAAAACAAUCACAAACAAAGCCAGUUACACCUUCUUGUGAUAUGGCUUGUGGUGUUUGCAACUCACCUGGCAAACUAUUUUCCUGUGUUAGCAAUACAAAAUAUGCUUUUUGCUUUGGUAAAGAUGUUCCUGAUUUAAGUGCAAAGGGAACAUGUCCUGAUGGAUAUGUUUGUAAUUUGAAAAGUAGUGAAGUUUGUAAUAAGGCCACUGAAUAUGCAGUAAGUUAGGACCUUAAUUUGAAAGAAAAGAAGAUAUUUAACAUGUUUCUUUAAGCCAUCUUGUAAUGCGGUAUUGGAAGAAAAUGACCCCAUCACAUCUACAGAGCGAACGACUGAAAGUUCAAC